AUGCAACGGUCCUGGCGCCAGGACUCGGACAAACUCACCUUCAUCGCUUGUCUGCCUCCCUCGUCUCCUCUAACCUCAAAUACAACCAUCACACCCAAGCAAGACGACGCACCCUCCCGCAUGAUCGGCGACAUAAACCUCUUCCUCGUAGACGACGACGAUGACGAUGAAACCAAACCCAACACCUCCACCCCAAAAUCCGUACUCGGCGAGAUCGAGCUCAUGAUAGCAGUAAAAUCCCAACACCGCAAAGGACAUGGCCGCGCAUCUCUGCUUGCCUUUAUGCACUACAUUCUCACCAACACUGCCGCUAUUCUGCAGGAGUACAGCAAAAACCGAGCAGCAAUCUUACGCUACCUUCGAGUCAAAAUCUCAAAGGACAAUGUCAAGAGCAUUGCUUUGUUUGAGAGUGUGGGGUUUGAGAGGACGAGUGCCGAGGCCAAUUACUUUGGAGAGGUGGAGUUGAGGUUGCAGGUUCAGGGCAAGGAGGAUAUCGUCUUGAGUGAUCUUGAGAAGGUCAAGGGAUGGGACGGAAAGCCUUUUGUUGUUGGAUAUCGCGAGGUGUAG